AUGUCUACGAUGGAUAACACACGUCCAGCUCAAUCUACUAACCCAUCGUCCUCAUCCAACGAAACAAUCCAAGGCUCUCGAACCGUCACAGCCACAUCCACCACCAGCUCCUCGUCUUCAUAUUGUCCCGACUGCCCCAUAUGCAACCCUCCCGAUGCCAAAUCAGCCAAUACCUCUGCAUACGGCACCAUCGAACCGCUCUCUUACGAUUCUCAACCGCCUGAGCCAACGUUCCUCGAGUCAUCAAUAGAAGCAUGCGCUCAAUUCUGUUGCUGCAUCUGCGACAGCCCUCCUCCCUCGAUUCGAACAAGCGACUGGUCAUCAACGACCUAUCCUUCUUCAAUCUCCUCGAACUCGUACUCCUACGGCGAAACAGAGACUGGAUCCUCCCAAAGUCAAACAAGCGAUACCGAAACCACACACACACAGAGGCACAGCGACGGAUAUAAAAGCCAACAAGAGAUGCGACCCGUCAAAGACGACUCCGUUCAAGACCCGCAAAGUCUGUCCAGCAACCUCGACACCAACUCGCCGUUGAAGAUGCUCAUCCAGUCUAUUCAUCGUUGCAAAAUCCAGUUCCCCAUCCUGCGCCGUGUAAUGUGUCCCAUUGUACCACAGAAAAUGCCAAUCAAGCAAACAACCGACUUUUAA